AUGGACUUUCUGAACGUGUUGUCGAAGGCGAAGAAGCGUGAAAAUGGUAGGAAAGUGGUGGAACAAUGUAUUCGAGAAGAAUCAGAAAGGGCAAAACGAUAUUUGGAUCCGCAAACGGAAGGCAAAGUACUUGAUGUGUUAGAGAAUGUCUUAAUCAAGGAACAUAUGUACACAAUAGUCAGUAUGGAAAACAGUGGUGUACACGCGAUGCUGGGCAACGACGAA